AUGUUCGCAGUACCAGGUUGGUCAGUCUCAACGGCCGAAUUGAAGCUGCAAAAAGAACAACAGGCUCCUACUCCGCACGCUUCCUCAGCGAGAAAUGCUAUAUCGGACAAUCCUCCCAAGUCAAAUAAACGUAAGCGAAACAAUGCCUUGGAAGACAAGGUCACGAAAGCGAACGUGGAUGAGAUGUGGAAGAAGCAUAUCGAGGGUUUAAAAUCAGGAGGAAAUAAAGCAAAGAGCUUAAAGCCCAAAAAGAAAAAGAAGGGGGAAGCGAACUCGGGCGGUUUGGGGAACGGCGCUGCGAAAAUAAUCGGUCAAGUUAGUGGCCCGGGCUUCGGGGGUGAUGAGCAGUCGAGAUCUACGAAACAUAAUUCAAAAAAGGGUGGGCAUGGCGACAGCCAUGUGGAAUCUCCUCGAAAGAAACAAAAGCAAAGCGCGCCUGCGAAUACAUCUAAGAAUGGAGGGAAGCAUACUUCCACUUCCCCAGUGGCCCUGCCCGCUGCGGCUCCAGAACCUCCCAACUUAACUCCAUUACAAAAGGCCAUGCGAGACAAGUUGGUCUCUGCACGCUUUCGGCAUCUCAAUGAAACCCUCUACACAACGCCGUCGAGCAAGGCUCUCGAGCUUUUCACUGCGAGUCCAGAACUGUUCGCGGAAUACCACGCAGGAUUUUCACGACAAGUGAAAGAGUCCUGGCCAUCUAACCCCGUCGACGAUUACAUUCGCGCUGUUAAAGCGAGAGGGCCUAUUCGACCUCCAGCUAAGGGAUCGAAAAGGAACGAAAAGCCUGGACAGCUAGUAGCCUUGCCACGACGCCCAAGUGGCAUAUGCACCAUUGCAGAUUUAGGCUGUGGCGAUGCUCAAUUCUCUCGGGCUCUCACACCCCUAUCUAAGAAGAUGAAGUUGAAAAUUUUGAGCUAUGACCUGCACGAAGGCGAUCCGCUGAUCACAAAGGCGGAUAUAUCGGCCCUACCACUUGAGGAUGGCACAGUUGACCUUACAAUAUUUUGUCUUAGUUUGAUGGGCACGAAUUGGGUGUCAUUUGUUGAAGAGGCCUGGAGGGUGUUAAGGGGGGACGGAAAGGGUGAGUGCUGGGUUAGCGAGGUCAAGAGCCGGUUUGGAAAAGUGACGCGGAAGAAUAAACCGAAUCCCAAGCCUGCUAUUGGAAGUAAAAAUAAGGCGAAGAAGAAGCUCAAGGAGACCGACGAUGAUGAGGGCGAUAUUGGCAAUGAAAUAUUCGCUGAAGAUGUACGUGCGAAUCAAAAUAUGGACGAUGAAACCGACAUAUCUGCUUUCGUGGAGGUGUUUCGGACGCGGGGUUUCAUUUUGAAACCUCAAACGCUGGACAAAUCAAAUAAGAUGUUUGUGAAAAUGGAGUUUGUGAAGCACGGGGUGCCAACAAGAGGAAAGUGGGCCGGUACUGGUGGUGUUGAUAAAGGUUUCAAGAAAAGGUUCUUGGAGCCAGAAGACAACGGGCUUACACCGGAGGAAGAAAGCCAAGUCCUUAAGCCAUGCGUUUACAAGAUCAGAUAG